UCUGUUUGACUCUUUCAUUCACACCAUACACAUACAAGAUGCUCGGCCGGGAAUUGGGCCGCAAAGCCUCUGCGCAGGCUCAUGGCCGCAACAUCGUGGCGCGCCUGCGCCCCGUCGCCGGCAGGCGGCAGCUGGCCUUCAAGGGUGUGAGGCCAUCGGUUCGCGUGUUUGCGGAGGCCCCCGCAGCAAGUGAGCCGGCGAAGCUUUUGCGGCUUGAGGACAUUCAGGAGGGGGCCGAGUAUGAGGGUACCGUGACGGCCGUCGAGAACUUCGGUGCUUUCGUCGACAUUGGUACCUCAACCAAUGGCCUGAUUCACAUUUCAAAGCUGGCGGCCGGGUUCACGAAGAACGCCAAGGAUGUCGUGUCUCGUGGGCAAAAGGUGACCGUGAAGGUUCUCAACGUCGAUGCCGCGAAGAAGCGUGUGUCGCUGGAGUUGACGUCAGGCGGUGAAGCGGCUCCUGCUGCUGCUGAGGAGGAGGAAGUGGCCAAUGACAUCGUGGAUGUCGCUGACGAGCGUGCUGAUGGGGGUGACGAUGAGGAGGAGGACGAGGUGGAGGUGGAACUGGAGGAGGGUCAAGUGGAGGUGUAUGCGGACCUGCCUGGCUUCCAGGAUAUUCCCUUCGUCAUGGAUAUGGAUGACGAGGGCGAGCUGUCGGAGGCGGCUGUUGCUGCUUUGGAGGCCGACUUGGACGCAGCCGAGAUUAAGUACGAACUGGAGGGGCCCGCCUACCUCGAGGAGAUUACCGGCAAGGUCAGCCGCAUUGAGGACUAUGGCCUGUUCUUGGAUUUCGACUGGAAUGGCAAGAAGUUCACCGGUCUGCUGGCGCGGGAUGAGAUGAAGGUCCCCUCCUCGGCGCUGCCGGAGGAGGCGCAGGCCGCCCUGCGCGCGGAGUGGGCUGACACGGAGUUCGAGAUGCCGCAGUUUGUCGAGCUCGCCGAUGACGAACUCGAUAUUAAGAAGUUCUACCAGCCAGGCGAUGAGGUGCCGGCCUUCGUGCUGGAGAGCAAACUGGUUGACCCGCGCGGUAUCACGCUGACCCACUUCACGGAUGAGGACGUUGCAGCUGAGGCGGACCUGAUGGAGGGGGAGGAUGAGGUGGAGGGCAGCAGCCCCGUGGAGGACGCCAGCGAGUACCAGGGCUACAGCGCUGAGGGCCUGGAGGAGGCGGACACCACAUACGAGACGGCAGAGAUGCGCACCGGCCUCAUAAAGGGCAAGAACGGCUUCCAGGUCGCACCCCUGGGUCUGCCCAGCCGCUCGACGGAGGCGUCUUCUGGUCUGGCAAUUCUGGGAACUUCGGAGACGGACUUCGACGGCGAUGAGGUGCAGCUGGUGGAGUACUGGAACACCGAGAUGUACGAGUCCAUUCCCAAGGAUGUGCUGAAGCGCAUUGGCCUGAAGAUGUCGUUCAACGAGCGGGGCGAGGCAGAGUUCACUGAGCGCCCAGACUUUGAGGACACUGAGGACGUGCCGAUCUACCUGUACAACGGCGAUGUGGAGGCCCGCGCCCGGGAGUUCCUCGAGGACCUGCUGGACGACGACACGGAGGAGGCGGAGCUGCCGGCCCGUGCUGCGCGCCGGCCCAUUGUUCUCGCUGCUGCUGUGCAAAACAUCUCUGCUUCCGAUGUCAAGCAGCUCCGUGACAAGACGGGCGCUGGCAUGAUGGACUGCAAGAAGGCGCUGACGGAGUGCGGCGGUGACGCGGAGGCUGCUGCUGAGUGGCUGCGUAAGAAGGGCCUGUCGGGUGCGGAUAAGAAGGCCGGCCGGCUGGCGGCUGAGGGCGCCGUCGCCCGCUACAUCCACCCCGGCAGCCGGCUGGGUGUGCUGCUGGAGGUUAACUGCGAGACGGACUUCGUGGCUGCCUCUGAGAAGUUUCAGGCACUCGUGGGCGAGCUGGGCAUGAUCAUUGCAGCGACCGACUGCAUCUGUGUCUCGCCGGAGGAUGUGCCCGCGGAACUGCUGGCCAAGGAGCGUGAGGUGGAGAUGGGCAAGGAGGACCUGGCCAACAAGCCGGAGGCCAUCAGGGCUAAGAUUGUAGAGGGCCGCCUUGAGAAGAUCAAGAACCAGAUGGCACUCACAAACCAGAUGACCCUGUCGGACCCCGACAAGACGGUGGCGAAUCUCGUCAAGGAGACCAUUGCCGCCGUGGGCGAGAACAUCAAGAUCCGCCGGUUUACCAAGUACCGUCUGGGUGAGGGCCUGGAGAAGAAGUCAAGCGACUUCGCUGCCGAAGUUGCCCAGCAGACGCAAGCCAAGGCUGCGGCCCCCAAGCCUGAGGAGCCCAAGAAGGAAGAGCCUAAGGUGGAGGCCAAACCGGCAGUGCAGGUGUCGGCCGGCGUAGUCAAGCAGCUCCGUGACAAGACGGGCGCUGGCAUGAUGGACUGCAAGAAGGCGCUGGCGGAGUGCAACAACGAUAUGGAGAAGGCCACCGAGUGGUUGCGGAUGAAGGGCUUGGCGUCGGCGGACAAGAAGGCUGGCCGCGUGGCGGCGGAGGGUGUUAUUGCAUCCUACAUCCACCCAGGAAGCCGGCUUGGUGUGCUGCUGGAGGUGAACUGCGAGACGGACUUCGUGGCUGCCUCGGAGAAGUUCAACGAGCUGGUCAAUUAUAUUGCCAUGGGCAUUGUGGCUGGACAGAACGUGCAGUACGUGAGCGCGGACGACAUCCCGGCGGAGGUGUUUGAGCGGGAGAAGCAGAUUGAGAUGGGGCGUGAGGACCUCAAGAACAAGCCGGAAGCGAUCCGCGCCAAGAUUGCCGAGGGUCGCGCAAAGAAGAUCGCCCAGGAGAUGUGCCUCUUGGACCAGCCGUUCCUGACCGACCCUUCGAAGACGGUGGCGGACGCUAUUAAGGAGGCGAUCGCAGCCAUUGGUGAAAAGAUUUCGGUGCGGCGGUUCAUCAAGUACCAGCUCGGGGAGGGCUUGGAGAAGAAGUCGAACGACUUCGCUGCUGAGGUAGCUGCGGCGACUGGCAUGAAGUAGAUGCAAAACUGGGUAGAGCAUAUUCACCCGUCGGGAGGUCUUUUCGACGUUGCACUUUGGACUGAACACUUUCCUUUUGUUCACAGUUCGCUUUGUUGUAGUACAAGGGGCUCAGCUUGUUGCGGGCCAUAGACAAGUCAGGGAUGUUGGGCGAGCCUGGGUAUUCCGGGUCACCUUGUAGGUCAGAGGAAUGAAGCAGUGUUCCUGUGCACACAGCCUUGCAAACGUCGGUCUGGCUUAUGGCAUUAGUUGCACUGGCGAUGUUUGCUGCAAAGGCUGUUGAAUCGGACGUCCUUUUCACCACAUGUGGCACUUUUUAGUGAUGUCGCUGAAGCUGAGAUAUGACUGCUGCUGCGGUGGGGGAGAAACUUGGGAAGGCGCAGCACGGAGUGAAUGGCUUAGAAGGUACACCAGCAUGGCUCUCCUUUUUGGUACGUCGGUAGACCAUGCCAGGGUCCUUUAAGACGGCCUCUCAAGCAGGGUUCCUGCUCCUUUGUAAAACGAUAUGUACUGC